AUGGUCAGCUCCUGUUGUGGCUCCGUCUGCUCUGAUCAGAGCUGUGGCCAAGAGACCUGCUGCCAACCCAGCUGCUGCCAGACCACCUGCUGCAGGACCACCUGCUGCCGCCCCAGCUGCUGUGUGUCCAGCUGCUGCCGUCCCAGCUGCUGUGUGUCCAGCUGCUGCCACCCCAGCUGCUGUGUGUCCAGCUGUUGCCGCCCCAGCUGCUGUGUGUCCAGCUGUUGCAGGCCCCAGUGCUGCCAGUCUGUGUGCUGCCAGCCCACCUGCUGCCGCCCCAGCUGCUGUGUGUCCAGCUGCUGCCGCCCCAGCUGCUGUGUAUCCAGCUGCUGCCGUCCCAGCUGCUGCAGGCCCAGCUGCUGUGUGUCCAGCUGCUGCAGGCCCCAGUGCUGCCAGUCCCCGUGCUGCCAGCCCAGCUGCUGCCGCCCCUGCUGCUGCCUGCGUCCAGUCUGUGGCCGAGUCUCCUGUCACACCACCUGCUAUCGCCCAACCUGCGUCAUCUCCACCUGCCCCCGGCCCCUGUGCUGCGCCUCCUCUUGCUGCUGA